GUCAUAUGAAAUUUGGUGCCAGAGGUGAUUUUAAGAAUGAAAAAGUAGAAGUUGUGGUGGCUGUUUUCGACCAGCUCAUCUCCGCUCUACUCACGCAGUCUGUGACUCACUGACUUGGGUAAGAAGUACUGCGCUGUCUGUCUGUCCGUCCUGACAUCUUUGCUGUGGACACUUGUGUUUGCAUCUGUGUGUUGUGCGGGCGAAUCUGUCAUUCUGGAUUGUGUUUGAUUGUUUCCGGAAAGGAACAACAAUGAUUAUAAAGUGCUGGCAGCAUCAGUAACAGGAAGCUUGGACUACCGAAGGGACGCACUGGUUUACCACAACACAAUAGAAGGGUGUUUUUAUUUCAGGCCUUCCUGCUGGUUUAUCUUCUGUUGUUUGUGUGUGGAUGGUUGUGAUGCCUCUGCAGAAGAUGAUCCACACAAUGGAGCAGAGUUCUUGCACUGAGGACCGAAUCCAGCAUGUCCUCGAACGUUGUCUCUGUGAUCUGGGUCUCUACACUCCUGACAAGCAACUCUGGAAUGCGGGGCUGUGCAUAAACCACUGGUGUUUGGAGGAACUUGUGAAGCGAGAUGCCCACAACUUCCUCAUCCUUCUGCAGAAAAUACUGAGGAAAACAAAGCAGGUGUUGGAGCAGUGUCGCUAUGAACUGGUGGUGCCGCUCACGCUCUUGUUCUCUUCAACCCUCCUUAAAGCUCCUUAUGUGCCUGCAGACUGUGGUGUCCUGCAGGAGGCCUACCUGUUGUUCCAUAGUUUCCUGGCCUGGCCGGAGCCGUGCAGUUCCGCCUGUAAACGUCUGUUAAACGUCAUCCAGCAGGAGCUCCGAGCACCAGGUAUUUCAUUUCAGCGUCUGGUGAGGACAGAGCAGAGUAUUUCCCCUGAGAUCCACUGCUCUAAAACCAUAACGGUGCUGCUGGUGAGCCCGGAUGAUGACGUUCCUCCUGAGGUCCAGUCUGUCUCUGAGCAGCUCACUUCCACCCAGCAGUCCAGCAGAGACAUCACAAUCUCUCUGAUCCUGCACAGCUUUCAGGCUGCUCUGGGCAGCGAACACAACCUGCAGGCCCUCCACAACGCCCUGCAGAAGAAGCAGCCUGAGGAGCUGGAGCAGCUCCUGGAGGCAGUAACUGACAGCAUGGAGACAGCCACCUCCACAGCAGAUCUCAGGACAGCUAGACAGGGUCUGCUAAACAGCAUGACGAGGCUCAGAGAAAGUCUUGCUGUACCUGCUGAUGGAUGUCCCAACACUGGGGCUGUUGAGGCUUUUAUGCUUCCCUUCCCCAAGUGCCACACAUGCUCAUGGGAAAAUGAUAAUUUUGAUAUUCUGAAGGACAUUCUCGCCUCUGACUCCGACUUGGAUUCCCCUCCAGACUGUUUUCUCAACACAGACAUGGACGAGGAUGAUAUUAAUGACACCAGCGUGGAUGAAGAGGACGAGUUAGACGGAGACAAAGUGGACCAUGACUUCCAGAAUCAUCGUAUCUCCACUGCAUCUUCAUCCUCGAGGGACUCCAUGUUUUCCAGCUACUCCCUGUCCUCCAGCUGGUCUGUGCCGUCCGGUUCUUCAGGCAUAGAAAGUGACUUCAGUGAGGACGCUGCCCACGAGGACACGGAGGAGGGACAGGACAGCCAACCGAAACCUAGAAAGAAGCCCAAAAAGAAGUCCAGAUCCCUCCUCGGCAUUGAGCGCUUCUCCUUGCUCUUCAAGAACCCCCGCAGUCCAAACAUUUGCCGGCGUGCCCAGAGCAUGGGCUACCAUGGAGACACCAGCAAAGACUUUCACAGAGCUGGAUCACAGCUCAAACACCCCAGGUCUCUCUCCAGACAGCCUCGUCCUCUGCAUGCGUCCACUGCUCUCCUCGAUCCUCUUUCCCCUCAGAAGCACGUCUGCAUGCGCAGGAGGCCGAUCCUGAGCUGCGAUGAGGGAAGCGUGGCAGAAACUCCCACUCUGGUCAAAGUGGUCGUGUUCGGAGGCGACCGAGAGGCCGGCAGGCUGGCCAGAGCCUACAGCGACCUGCAGCAGAAAGAGAGCAAAUGUCCCCGACUCACCAAGAUGUGCAAACUGCAGUUUUACUUUGUCCCCACCAAAAGGAGAACUGCAAGUCCAGGAGGAGGACCCACACCGACAGAAGGACAGAAUGGAGGUUUAACCAAAACCGCCGCAUCUGUGGAGUCAAAUGGCAUCAUGGAGGACAGUACAACAGAUAUAGCUCAGAUGUUGGGUCUGAUGGAUCCCUGGUACGAGCGGAACGUCCUCAGUCUGCUCAGCCUGUCGUCUGACGUCCUUUGUCAGGCUGCCUCUAAGGAUGACGAUGUCUCAGCGAGCAGCACGGAGCGUCUUCCCCUGCUGGCCGACCUGGUGCUCUAUUACUGCAGACAUGCAGACCAGCCUGUUCUGGUGCAGCUCUACCAGGCUGAGCUGACCCUGGCCGGGGGAGAGAGGAGAAAGGAAGUGUUUAUUCACUCUCUGGAGCUCGGACACUCUGCUGGAACCAGAGCGGUGAAGGCCAUGGGCGCUGCCAGCAAAAGGUUUGGAAUCGACAAGGAGCGGGAGGCUGUUCCUUUAACUCUAAAUGUUGCCUACAACAAGGUGGCAGUUAGUGGGAGGAGUCAGUGGAUCCAGACAGAAAUAGUCUGCACGUCCAUUAAUCUUCACAAAACCUGCAGGAAACCUGAGCAGCUAGAUUCAACAGAAAGUCUGCAGCUGACAAUGACAGAAGUCCUGAAGAGGCAGUGCUCCAAAUCCAAAAAGAGCUACAACCAGCACAUCUCGGUGACAGAAGUGAAGGUGGACAAGAUGCAGGUGAACGGACGAGACAAUGGGACCACUUUUGCUGUAUGUCUGGAUCAGGAUGAAAAGAAGUUCAUCCAAAGCGUCACAAGGUGUGACGUGUCGCUGUGCUGUAAACCAGGAAGCGGUUCAGACUGGAGGUCCUACAAACCGUUACCAGGACAAGUCCAGCCUCUGCACCCGUCCUACUGCUCUCUGCUCUGCCUCCCCAUCACCUCCUUCUCUGCCUCACAUCCAUGAUACACCUGAUUCUGCCCCGAACAAACCAAAUCAGUCAGGAUGCUGGAGAUCAAGAUAAUAGAAUGAAAAUGAAAGUAAUACAAUGUUGUCUUGUGUCUGAUGUCAAGGUGUGUUCCAUUGUUAUUAAGGAACACUGUGAUUAGAUUUUUCUUGAGAGAAGAAGGCUCUCUGUGUAUGAAAUGAUUUUCCUUCUUGGAGGAUUUCACAGCACCUCAAGGUCUCAGCAGGACUUUGGGAGAUGUCACUGUCAACUAUGUCAGUUAUCUGCUGUCAGUAGCAUGAAAAUGACAACCUCAGCACUAUCUUUGAUUGAGUAAUAAAAUAAGCUAUUUAUUUUGAUAUGAUUGCAAUGAAAGCAUGUUUUAAUGCAUUUUAGAAAAUAUGCAUUUCAUUUUGUUUGUGUUACAGCUGGAAUAAAAUCACACUUCAGUCUCUUGCUCUCCCUCUGCA